CGAGGGUGAAAACCUAACCCUAGAAGCGAAAUUCCUCGAAACAAGUGUACUGCAUUUCGAUACUCUAUCACCAUUUGGCAACGACUGACCGACUCGACCAUCAACGCCGUCACCAUGCCGAGCCACAAGUCUUUCCGAACCAAGCAGAAGCUUGCCAAGGCCCAGAAGCAGAACCGCCCUGUGCCUCAAUGGAUUCGCCUCCGAACUGGUAACACCAUCCGCUACAACGCUAAGCGAAGGCAUUGGCGCAAGACCCGCAUCGGUAUCUAAACCGAUGGUCCUCAACUGUUACCCGCCCCCGAGCCCAGCACCCGACUUUUCUCUCUUGGGCAUGGUAUCACGAUGAUUGAUGUGAACGGAAAAGGGGAGGAACGAUAUUGUUGUGGCGUGAAUUGAACUACGG